UGAGCGCCGCUCUGAACAAGACGUUGUCUAGAAAUGGACAGUUUGUUGAAACAUCUGAUCCAGGGAAAUGCUGUGAUCUUCAUUAUUGUGCUGGGAAUGGGAGGAACAUUCCAGAGUGGAUUCCAUAUCACUGUCCUGAGCUCACCAUCACUGUUUGUCAAGCGCUUCAUUAAUAGUACCUGGACAGAGCGUUAUGGACCCCCAGGGCCAGACACAGUCACCUUUAUCUGGUCUGCUGUGGUGGCACUCUUUGCCUUAGGUGGAUUCUUUGGGUCAUCUGGAGUGAGGAUAAUCACUGGAAAACUGGGAAGGAAGAAAACUAUGAUCUAUACUAAUGUGAUCAGUCUUGUGGCUUCAGCAAUAAUGCUAACAAGCAAAUAUGCAAACUCAUUUGAAAUGAUCCUCAUUUCACGGUUUAUGUUUGGGUUUGCAUCAGGUUUACUUGGUAAUGUCCAAGUGAUUUACCUUGGGGAGAGUUCCCCAAAGAAACUUAGAGGAAUGGUUACACUUACAUCAGCAACCUUUACAUCCAUUGGCAAACUGUCAGGACAGAUUGCAGGCUUAAGGGAGGUUUUAGGCCGUGAGGAGUAUUGGAACAUUCUUCUCAGUGUCCCUACAGCUUUCACCCUGAUCCUGCUGUUUGUUCUUCCAUUCUUUCCUGAGGCACCACGAUAUUUACUCAUAGAGCAAAACAAUGCAGAGAAAUGCAGGAAAGCCCUGCAGUGUUUGUGGGGUCCUGGGGACUAUGAGAAGGAGAUGGAGGAGAUGAAGGCGGAGCAGUCGGCCAUUGGGGGCGAGCGCUCCAAGAGCCUGCUGGAGCUGCUCCGAGAUAAGAGCGUCCGCUGGCAGCUCAUCACCAUGCUGGUGGUCUAUGGCUGCAUUCAGUUCUGUGGCAUCUCGGCCAUCAGUGUCUUCUCCUACAACAUCUUCCAGGAAGCCGGCAUUUCAGAGGACAAAAUCCGCUACGUGACUCUGGGCAUCGGACUGUCUGAGGUCUUCACCUCCAUCUCAUGCGGGUUCCUCAUCGAGAGCGUGGGCAGGAGGGCGUUGCUAUGGAGAGGAUUCGCUGCCAUGUCUGUGAUCAUGGCGUCGAUCACCAUCACGCUUCUGCUGCAGGACUUUGCCUCCUGGAUUCCUUUCUGUACCGUCGCCUUGUUUUUCCUUUUUAUCAUCUUCUACUGUGGAGGACCUGCUGGAGUGCUGCCCUCCCUUACUCAUGAGAUCUUUAUCCAGUCGUGUCGGCCCGCGGCCUUCGUCUUCAUCGGGACCCUGCGCUGGCUGGGUUUCACCGUCCUCGGAUUCGCCUUCCCCUUUAUCAUAGCCCAGCUGAAAUCCUUCAGCUUCUUGUUGUUUUCUGGAGCAUGCUUGGGAGGAGCCUUGUUUGCAUUUUUCCUCCUGCCCGAGACCAAGGGCAAGACCAUCCUGGAAAUAUCCGAGGAGUUCAAGAGGAUCACAGUGUGUGGGUCUCCGAAGAAAGAGGAGGUGUGUUUGGCAACAAGGUUGUAGAGGGCUUGUGAGAGACCUCUUGUAUCAAUCGCUAAGAUGACUGUCUGUGUAGUCUUGCUUUUUGGCUACACAUGUCAACUGCACUUUAUUCAUUCACAAUGGGAUUGGUGAUUGCACAUUCCAUUGUGCGAACAAAGAAGGGUUUAUCACUGAUCUUUCGAAACAUAAAUGGCAUUGAAGGUGAAUGUAUACCAACUUCCAUCCAACUGUUACAACCUCUGGACUGUUAUCGUGUCAAAUACAGUAAUUUUCUGUUGUAUAUUAGCCACAUUGUGUAUAGGCCGCAGGACAGUGUUUUAUGCAAGUUAGAAAAACAAAAACUACAUUAAUAUUAACUGCCCCAAUGUAUUAAUCUCAUAGUUGAAGAAUUUUUGCAUAAUCAAUGUAUAAACUGUGGCUAAUAGUUGGGAAAUUACAGUACCUGUAUCUGUUAAGAAUAUGGCUUGUAAUAUGUAAGACUACUCUGUAGGGUAUUCACCUUCAGUGAAAUGGAAGUAUCAAGAAGUGGAUCAUGUUUAAAAACUAACCAAUAAAGGUGCCUCAUUGUU